AUGGGAAAAAAUUGGAGAGGUAUUUGGAGUCGCUUCAUCUGGAACCUACGCAGAGUUGCCUCAACCAAGGCCAAAAGCCAUAUCCCCCAGUUGGUUGAGGAAUUUGAUAGAGCCGCUCAGCAGUAUUCGGAUUCUCUUAAACCAUCUACUAACCAGCUGGAAUAUUGGUAUGAGUCUAACUUUAAACCUACUCAUAUUGAUCGUAAUAAUGUUACUUGUACCACCUACGAUGAAAGUUUUCCUCGUCAUGAUGUCUCCAAGGGCGACAGGGCGGAUUUAUGGAGUACGAUGAACUUACUCUCGGCAUGUGUUGAAUAUGGUGUAUCUACUUAUGUUGAGAUGAAGAUAAUAUCAGACCCGUCUCUGAUGCGACUGAAAUAUGAUCCUCCUCUGAUGUUUAAGAUUACUGGUGUUUCUGUUGGAAAACAACGCCAAUUUUAA